UCCGGGGCAAGGCCCGACAAGUGACGACCUCCCUCCCCUUGCGGAGCGCGCUUUGAACGCCGUCGGUGGCGACGCAUUGACUCUUCCUUCUUCGGCGAUGCUACUACAACACCGCUUUUGCAGCAGCAAAUCUUCUUCGAUUUCGCUGCUCUCGUCUAAGAAUCUGUUUCAAAAUGGUAUUUAUAUACUUUGCAGUUUCGAAAUGGCCAAAUCAAUUACAAAUAUGUUUCCUUCCAUCUCCAUCAAAGCUUUGGCUCGUUCUUUCUCCAACUCUGCCACAAGGGACUCUUUAGUUUUAUGGCGUUGUUUGUCUCAUAAGGUUUCAGUGCAAUCGUUAUUGACAAGCACUUGCUUUACCCGGUCUCUUCUCAAUCUCAUCUCUAUGCAACAGCACAGCUACAGAGUAUCAAGGCCUCUCUUUGAAGUGCCAUUUACAUUAUUUGAAUUUCCUUUGGUGCGAAGAUCAGAUCUAUUUGAAUCCCGGGGUGUUGUUUAUAGAAAAGAGAUACUUGCUAGGAACAUGAGUAAAGCAUCAAUUGAACUCAAGACGGAGAAUGAUGUUGUCAGGUUUUCUGUCAGUAAACCGCCUCAAGGCUCCUCACGCGAAGUGAAGAAGGAAAAAUCCAAACGGGCUAAAAAGUCCAAGAAGGCCAAAGUCAAUGAGUUAAAAUUCUAUCGUUUGAUGGCAAGAAAGAAAAUGAAUUCUCCAAAUCCAGAAGUUCGGAUCAGAUAUAAACUUGAAAAGGCAAAACGCAAAGAAGCAUGGUUGAUUGAGAAGUUAAGGAAAUUUGAGUUUCCCAAAACCCCGAUUGAAGUAUAUGAUCCUGAAAUUCUAACUGAGGAAGAGAAGCAUUACCUCAAACGUACUGGUGAGAAAAAGAAGCAUUAUGUUCCUGUUGGGAGACGUGGAGUGUUUGGAGGGGUUGUUCUCAAUAUGCAUCUACACUGGAAGAAUCAUGAGACAAUAAAGGUUAUUUGCCGUCCUUGUAAGCCAGGGCAGCUUCAAGAAUAUGCUGAAGAGCUUGCUCGUCUGAGCAAAGGCAUUGUCAUUGACAUAAAACAUAAUAAUACUAUAAUUUUUUAUCGGGGAAAGAAUUAUGUGCAGCCAAAAGUAAUGUCCCCUCCAGAUACACUAUCGAAAGCGAAGGCGUUGGAAAAGUAUAGGUACUCGCAAUCGCUUGAGCAUACAAGUCAAUUCAUUGAAAAGUUGGAGAAAGAGCUAGAAGAGUAUCGCAAACAUAUUGCGCGGUACAAGCAACAAAAAGAAGAUGCUCAACAACAUUCUUUGCUUAAUCAUAAAAGAGUUGUACCACCCCUUAACCAAACUGCAAGGCCCCACAAACCUGUUGGAGUCGUUGCAAAAGCAGCCAUCUUCAGAAAAGUCAGCCACCUUCCAACUGUGGCUUGAACGAGUUUUGAGUAC